UACUCAGUGCUGUCUGAGGCCCUGGGAAAAGCUGGCCCAGGAAGGACACUAGGGGCCUCUGCUGGGAUUCCAGGUCCUCCUAGCAUGAGGAGAUGCCUGUAGAAUCCACCUGGGCCAGGGUCCCACGAUAGGACCCAGAGGGGGCAGGGAGCCCAGGUGGAAACAGACAGGGAGGCUGGGCUUCAUCCAAAAGCCCAGAUACAGAAGAAGGCAGAGAGCUCUGUCUGGAUGCGGGACUGCAGGCCAGAGGGGUGCUGGGCAGCCCCCCAGGCUGGGGGUAGGUGAGGCAGGGCCAGAUUGGUUGCUGUCCUGCUUUGCAGCCCAGAAGAGGCCCCUUCCCUCUCUGGGCCAGUCCAAGGACAAUCAGGGAUUCAGACCCAGGCUUCAGGCCUCGGGAAACAAUGGGGCCCUUGAAGUUCCUCCCCGAGCAUUGUGCUUGGUGGUGAGAGGUGGCCCUGGGUCAGGCCCAAGCUCAGCAGGGCACACACCCUCAGGAGGGCCAGUGUCCAGUCAGCUGGCAAGUGCAAGAGCUCAACUCGCAUUUCCUGGCCUGAAAAAGGUCGCCUCCCCUGCCCCUAUGACCAACAUGAGCUGGAGCUUCCUGACGCGGCUGCUGGAGGAAAUCCACAACCACUCCACGUUCGUGGGCAAGGUGUGGCUCACAGUGCUGGUGGUCUUCCGCAUCGUGCUUACAGCCGUGGGCGGAGAGUCCAUCUACUCGGACGAGCAAACCAAGUUCAUGUGCAACACGCGGCAGCCCGGCUGUGACAACGUGUGUUACGACGCCUUUGCGCCCCUGUCCCACGUGCGCUUCUGGGUCUUCCAGAUCGUGGUCAUCUCCACGCCCUCUGUCAUGUACCUGGGCUAUGCCGUGCACCGACUUGCCCGCGCCUCGCAAGACGAGCACCGCCGCGCACCCCGUCGCCGCCCCGGCCGCCGUGCGCCCCUACCUCUGGCCCCGCCGCCGCAUCCCGGCUGGCCCGACGCCGCCGGCCUGGGCGAGGAGGAGCCCAUGCUGGGCCUGGGCGAGGAUGAUGAGGAACCAGGGCCGGCCGAGGGCCUGGGCGAGGAGGACGAGGCCGAGGACGCGGUCAAGGACGUCAAGGCAGCCGGAACCCUGGGCCCCGCCGGCCAGCACGACGGGCGGAGGCGCAUCCAGCGCGAGGGCCUAAUGCGUGUCUACGUGGCACAGCUGGUGGCGCGGGCCGCUUUCGAGGUGGCCUUCCUAGUAGGUCAGUACCUGCUGUACGGCUUCGAAGUGCCACCCUUCUUUCCAUGCAGCCGCCAGCCCUGCCCGCACGUGGUUGACUGCUUCGUGUCGCGGCCCACCGAGAAGACUGUUUUCCUGCUGGUCAUGUACGUGGUCAGCUGCCUCUGCCUGCUGCUUAACCUCUGCGAGAUGGCGCACCUGGGCCUGGGCAGCGCUCAGGACGCCGUGCGCUGCCGCCGGGUGCCGCCCUCCGCUUCCGGCCCAGUGCUUCGCUCACCGCCCUGCGCGCUGCCGGCCGCGCCGGCCAGCCUGGCCUGCCCGCCAGACUACAGUCUCGUGGUGCGCGCAGCCGAGCGCGCGCGCGCCCACGACCAGGACCUAGCCAGCCUGGCGCUGCAGGCUCUGCGGAACGGGCACGCGCUCGGGGACCGCGACAGCCCGCUCUGUCCAGGUCUCCCAGAGGCCGCCCGGGGGCCCCCGCACGCCGGUGCUCCCGCCUCUGGGUCGGGCAGCGCCACGUCUGGGGGCACCGGCGGGGGCCAGGGUCGGCCAGGCGUCAAGCCCAGGGCGGGCUCGGAGAAGGGCAGUGCCAGCAGCAGGGAGGGGAAGACGACCGUGUGGAUCUGAGGUCCGCCGCGCUGCUCGCCGUCCUCCCUCAACACUUAGGCUCAGGGUGGGGGUCGGGGGGAGGCUGGGGUCUGGACGCGCUAGGGCGCAGAGAGCAGCCCGCCUGCUCCAGCUCUUCUUCUCCCUUUCCCUUCUCCUCCGGGGAGGGGCGGGACAGGGAAGGGCACCACCUGAGGGCCCACGCUGUCCAGGGUAGGAUGUAGAAGAGGGGCCUGGGAACAAGGAAGGGUCGCCAGCCCGGAUUCUGAACCCCGCGGGGUGGGCACGCCUGUGGCUGGGGCUGCUCCGAGUUCCAGCCCCUCAUGGACUUGGGCAGAGGCCAGGGACUUGGGGUGGGCGGGGCCACGCCCCCUCAAGGCUCUGUGCGGGCUUGGCGCGGCCCCGUUGCUCUGGGACGUACUUGAAGUUCUGCAAAGGUGUCGGCCCACCCUGAAGGAUUUGGCCUUGUCCUUGCUGGGAACCGGCCCGGAGGCCUCUCUGGGCUCCUGCCUCCUCCCCAAUUCAGGCACAGCCUCAAAAGCAAAGGGAGUAAAAUAAAGCAAAUUUCUUUACA